CCGGCCGCCACCACCAUCAUCACGCUUUUCCUCGUGUCCUGCUUCGGGCCUCCCCUCCUCGGCGAAGAAGUGGGAUCGUCCGCGCCUCACUCCUCCUCCUCUUCCUCGUCCUCCUCUCCCACAACCUCCUCCGGCAGUCCGUAAUAAGCGACGACGUCAGUCGCCCGCCGCCCUCGCUCCCUCCCGUACGCUCCGAAGGCGUUUUCCUCUCGUCCUCCUCUUCAACACUCACAGCGUCGAACAUGGCGAGGCAAGUUGGUGCGUCGCUGCUGCUGUUGCUCUUCGCGGUGCUGCACGCAGGUUCAGCUCUGCACUGCUUCGAGUCUACGUGCCUGAGCAGUGGCAACAUCAACAACUGCAUCAACACCAACAGAACCGUGCAGAAGGAGUGCAACAGUGCAGUUCUGACUCAGAACGUGAAUACCCUGAGAAGCUCUGGUGGUACCCCGUACCCAAUCCCCCCGGCAACCAACCAGUGGACCUGCAUCAAACAUGUACUCACCGGCAUGUCCCACAACCAGCCCGCCACGGCCGAGGUGAAGAUGUGCUUCCCGGACGUGCCGAACGCGUGCGACGCGGUCACGGGGCUGGCCAAGGGCCUGGAGGUCCAGCUGAUGCCGCAGCAGCCGGGCCAGGUGAAGACCAUGUGCGAGGCGUGCAACGGCGACUCGUGCAACCCGGCCAGCAGGCCGGCGGCCUCCUCCUUGUCUGCCGCGCUCGCCGCCGCGGCGCUGCUGCUGCUGCUGCCGCUGCGUCACUGAGCGGCCGCCAUCUCGCGCUCCGCAGCCGGCCGACAUAACCUCAAUCUCGCGCCCCGCAGCCGGCCGACAUAACCUCAAUCUCGCGCCCGCAACAUCGCCCAGGGACAGUCGGGUCUCGCGGGACAGUUUCACAUCUACACACUUCAACACGGCUUGUUCAUGUUUACAAGCUUCGUCUUCUUGGUUAGGCUAUUGGAUGUCCGUUAUUUGCUUGAAUACCUAUACGUGUAUCUCCGCCACGUUGAAAAAUAUUUUACCAACCAGGAUAAAAGUAGGUAUCUUGACCAAUAAAAUUUUCGCGAGACACAACUAUCACUAACAAAAACAUUUGAACAUGCGCUGCACCCUGCCCUUUAUUAUUUUUAUUUUGUAAUUGUGUCCAGGUGGUUACAAAUUCCUUGUAACAUCUGCAUGCAGGUAAUGCAAAGUCCAGUAAGAACACACCUACCGUCCACAGGCAGCCAAAUAAUUAUUUUCCAUCAUUUAGCUCCAGUGCCAUAUUGUUUAUCUACACCAGUUAGCGUGUUUUACAAUAGCACGUAUAACAAUAAUGAGCUUAAAUGAGCUGUAGCCUACCAGAACUUAAUAAACGCGUGAUAAAAUGAGCGAUUUUCUCUAACACUCAGUUAUAGUCUAAUUGCUUGUACCUAAUACAUAAACAACAAAAAUACUCAUUGUUGUCCAAAUCUAUUAAACACUGCAGGAUAAGACCUAAUAUUAAGUUCCACUACAGCUUACAUUACAGCCUACAACAUUUACCAGUAUAUAGCCAACCUUUGUAGUUUCCUGGAUGGUUGGUUUGAAGAGCUUUAAUGUCCAAAAUUAUCAUUUUAAAUAAACAAUAUGACUGCUUGAAUGGGAAAUUGCUAUUACAUUUUAUUUGUACCUCUACGUUACAUAUAAUUUAAGUAACUAUAUGAAUGAAGGGUUUGAAUUUGGUUAGAUUAAAUAAGAAUUUUAAUCAAAAAUAUAAUGCAAAGUGUAGUCCAAAAUGUCUGAAUUCAUCGUGAAGCUUCUUAAAUACACCACUGGUAAUAUACAUGUAGCUUUAUGUGUGAUUCAUAUGUAGUAUUUGUAUGUAUUUUUAUUAGUAACCUAGAAUAUUGUCAUAUCAUUUUUAUUUCUUCCACUUCCAAUUUUUGAUUCCUUCUUUUAUCUUGAAUGUUGAUGCUGGAUAAAUUUAAAUACAUUUAGCAAAAUUUACAGAGAGAUUUGAGUGACAUAAAAUAUGUCUGAAUAAAUAAGUAUUAUCAUUUUCCUAGCAGGGGAGUAUCAGAGCCGGUUUUGAUUUAUAGGACUGACUGCUUCUCAUUGCUAUUCACACAUGUGUUACAUAAGUGUUUCUGAUACUGAUGUACAUGUUAUUUUGUUUUUUAGAAACUAAUAUAUGUAAUCAAUAACAUGCAAUGUUGUAAAAUUUUACAUUUAUAAUCUAUAUACAAAAAUUUUUAUUACAUUUUCAGAUGUGCUAUAUUGUGUGCUUUUUAUUAAAUCUGUAUUUUAAUGCCAGAUUUUUUUCUGUGUGUGGGAUACUUAAAAUUGGAAUAAAUAUAUAGCACUAUAUGUAUGUAAGGGGGUUACUUCAAUUAAUGUGUAUAAUAUUCUGUACUUUUUUGCAUUUAGUCAGUUAAGAGUAUUUCAGAAAUUUCUUUACUGUACAAGAAAAUUAAAAAAUUUUGAAGAUUUUUGUAUUUUAUAAAAUGUUUUCAUAAAGUAUUUUGAAGAAAAAAAAGACUAGAAUUAUAAUACUUGCCAGUAAGGCAUGAAUAUUUUUGCAACUUAGUGACUGUAUUAUUUUUGACAUUUUUGUUUCAAAAUAAAUCUUUUAACACAA